AUGGAGGACGAGAGUGAGAGGCCGAUCGGCUCUUUCGAGGGUUCUCCUCCGAUCGGCAUCCUCAGGAGGCCGCUCCGAUGCAUCGUGAAGCUUGGUUAGGCUCUCUCUUUCGUCCUCCUCCCUUAAGACUGUACUUGUUUUUCCGUUUCUGUCAGAUCAGAGAUAGCCGAACGAAGGUGUUGCCUCUAAAUUCUUCGAGAUGUUUGUGCCCUUUGGAUGUAGCUCAUCUUUCGAUUAUGUGUACUGAUUUUUCGUCUCCGGAUCGCUAGCUGGUUUCAGGAGUUUGUAUGUACCAAUUUUUCGGUUAUCCACAAGAAUGCUUGCAAGCUUUCAAGGCGUGGAAUGAUUUAUUCCCAGUUUCUCUUCGUGGGCGAUCACAGCACUUUAUUGUUAUUUUUAUUUUUUAUCGUCUUAUGAAUAUUGAUACGCAUUACCGUUAUAUAGUGUAUUUAUUCGCGCAGUCUCACCACUCUAAUUCAACGUGAAAGGAAGAACAGGGGAGCUCUUUUUUAUUUUCAUAUUCUUCUAGAAUAUGUAAAAGAUGUCGUGAAAUUUCAGAAGAUUAACACAUAUUUUUAUCUGGGUCAGGUGGUGCUGCUGUCACCUGCAAGCAUGAAGUUGAGAAGAUCAAUGAAGAAGAUCUUGGACGAGUUUCAUCUCAUCUGAGACAAGCAAUGAUGGGAUGUGGGCCCGUAACAGAGGUUCUUGGAAUGGACUGGAGCAGGGGAGCUGGGGCAGCUGGAAUUGAUUCAAUCAGUGAUUUUAAUGAAUAUGCGAUACCGAAUUUGGAAAGUCUAAUCAUUGUUCACGGAGCAGGUUGUCAGGAUCUCUUUUCUCCAUUGGAACAUUGAUAAUGCUUUGUAACUCUUUGAUAGGGCCUAAAUAUUACUACCUGACUUAUUCUGAGAGUCUCUACGAACAUGGCAAGAGGCAAUUGCUGCUGUUGACACAUACCCGCGUUUAUCUCGGAUGACCAAACUAGUAUUCUCUGUUAAGUCAUCAUGGAUCGAUAUAAUGUUCAUCAGAACACUUGCUUUGUCUGAAACCAUGGAAAGCAUAAAAAAGACGGUCUAGUUUUAUUUUUAUUAUAAAAUAAUUUAAUUUCGUUGGUAACAUAUUUAUCAAAUAAUUUAGUGAUAUUAUAAUAAACAUUUUUUAAAAUAAAAUAUUAUUUAUUUUAUUAAAUUACUUAGGGAAAACGAAUAAAAACAGAAACAUCUUCAUUGUAGCAUUGAUCACGAGGAACAUUUUGACUUUUCUGCUCAUCUAGCAGGUUCAUGGUUUGUGAAGCACCGAAAAGAAAAUAAGCCUAGAAGCAGAUUGAGUAACUGGUGCAUUGCCUAAUUGACCUGACAGCUUUCAAUUACCAGUUUUAUCGGUACUCUGGAUAUACAUGCAAUCAGGAUCCAUUUCGAUUCAUCAGGAAUCUAAUUUAAUGUCUACUAUAGUAGAGAUCACGUGAAAGAUGUUACUUCGUUGAGUUUCUUAAAAUAUUUUUAUUUUCUUUCUUAUUUGUUGAUUUCAACUUACCUGAAUUGUAUCCUAUUCUCUAGGUUCAUUUGGGCAUUUUCAGGCAAGCAAAUCAGGAGUCCACAAAGGAGGAUUGCAUGUGCCUAUUGUUAAGGCUGGCUUCGUGGCUACACGCAUUUCAGUGAGUUCUUCCUCAGCUCGACAUGCUCUAAUACGAUGGGGUCAUAGUUGUGAUAUAGUCGGAUUACAUUCAUGAUUUUUUUUCAAUUAUAUGCGAUUAUAAAAGCUAACAACUGGAUCAAGAAUCUGCCUUUAGCAUCGUCCUUUCACUCAGCGAUUUCAGCCUCUUUGUGAGGGUCUUAUCUUUCAGGAAUACACUAGGAAAGUACUUUUAUUGCAUAUAUCUUCAUAUAUAUAUAUAUAUGAGUCAUGUUCUCUCUUAAGAUGCACCUUCACGGUGCAUUUUAUAGAUAAUACUGUAAAAAUUAUUUUAUAGAUGCAUUUUUUUUUUGGUACAAGUAGAUGUGGCGUAUAUUUUUUCCAAAAAACCUAUAGAGAUAUAUGAAUUUAUUUUUUCUUCAUUAUGAGAUUUAUUAUUUGUUUAUAUGUCAGUUAUUUGUCUACCACACGUUCGUCCGUUUUCUCGUACAUCAUCGUUUGUUCUGAAUUAUAAUUUUCUUGGGCAUUGCAUUUGCUAGUAUUUGUUGACUGGCAUGCUGCAGCCAUUUGACUUUCAUAGAGGGACUUUCCUUUUCAAGUAGACUCUUCCAAAAUGGUGGCGGAAUCUCUGAAGUCGCUUCCUGGUCGUGUGGGCCUUGUACCCACGGACUUGGGUGUGCGAUUAGUUUGGAGACGAAUGCGUGUGUCACUGUGUUACUUCUUUUAAUUUUUUUAUUCAGGAAUUUCCAUUCACCUACAAGACAUUCUAAUUCUCAGGGUGAAUUUUAUCAGGAUGUUUUAUUGUAGACUAAGUGGCUGUAAGAGGACCUAUACAUUUUAAGAUUUUAUUGAGGACAAAUCGAGUACAUUUCUUUUUGAAUGAGAAGGGGGAUGAUUUUCUAGUGGUGAGGGUUUUGAGCCUCAGCCUCAGAAAAAGAAGAAUGUGAGUGAGACACUUGGGCAUAUGGGAGGAAUUCUCUCUUACCACUUGAUCCUGCUGAAUUUUCUUAUUUAAUUCAUUUAAUCUCUGAAUUUCUUAUAGAGUAUGCAGUGGGAUAGUGGUCAACUGAAAUUACUCUGAAGUAUUUUCCUUUUGUAAUGCUUCAGGUCACAUCACUCAGUCUUGCGAUUGUGCGAGCCCUGGCUAGAGGUUUAUACAACUUGCUUUUCUGCGUUGUCAUUACAAUCAAGUGGCCCAAAAUCCUCUCCCUGUCAGACCGGAUAUGCCUCUUCAUUACCAGCUCCUAACUUUGCAUUCAUUAUUUCUAAAUUUAAAACUUUCCUUAUUCCAUAGAAUUUGAAAAGCGAUUCUCGCAGGAACCAGUGUCAUAUGGUUUAUACAUGGCAUACCUCGUAAACUUAUGUUAACUAUUUGGCUGAAGAACCUUUCAAUUUUUUGGCAGAGGGGAUACCGGCUGUUGGAAUGCCACCAUUUGCUUGUGGAUGGUCGACUACUGAGAGAAAUGUUAGAUACAUGGCAUCACUUUGCGUUUUUUUUUUUAGAGCGCAGAGGUUACUGAUUUGAUCUAAUAUAAAAUUUACCAUCCGCGUGUUAUAAAAUUUCAUUUCUGGUUUUGUGUUUGCACAGACAGGAAUAUUGAAUUUAGUGCUACGUGAUCUUUACAGGUUGCUUCUGCGGAUAUUUAUCAGAUUACUCAAACCCUCAAUGCUGGCCUUGUCCCUGUAAGUGUUCAGUAAAGGAUAUUACACUUAAUUUCAAUCCGGAUUCUAAUUUUGAUUUUUGACAGCAUCGAUUCAUUUUUCAGAAUAGUUUCUGCAAAAUGAAAAUUGAAUUUCGACAAACCAAAGAGAUUGAUUGACGUCUGGACAUUUAUACUUUUCCCACUUGAACUUGCAUUCUUUUUGAAAGUUGCCACUACCAUGGCAAUGUUGUGCUUAGUAUCAUUGGGGGCCUAUCGAACUUGGGAGGUAGCUUGCUCAAGUGUACACGCCUAACAAAAAGGCCCUGUGAAGUAUUAUCCAUAAAGCCUUCGUGGAUCUGACUUUGCCCUUUUUUCUUUAGUCAGCAGCUUAAAUGUUCCUUGCAGAUGAUCCUGAUAACUUUCACAUCCUUUUGAUAUCGAUAAAUAUCUUGAACUCGGCUGUAGAGUAGAUUUCUUUACCUGUAUACUGAUUCUUCUCAGGGCUGCAAGUUUCUGCAUACGUAUUCUUUUGUCAGGAAACCUGCUUUAAUGGCAUGGAAUCGGUAACAAGUUAGCUGCUGAUCAGAGUCUUUCAUUCUGAAUAAGAUCAUGAGGCUUUUCAUGCCUGAUUUAUUUCUAUUUUUAUCAAAUAUAUGUGUGAAAUAUUCCAUAUUUGGUAAUAUAUGCCCGCUGAAAUCAUCAAGUUUGCCCGUAUGGCCAGAAAUCACAAAGUAAACACGUUACUAUAUUUUAUUAGGAGUAAAACGGUGAUCACAGGGCGAUGUUGACUCCUUUAUGGUUGAGUUCGAGGCAAUGUAUACUCACAGAGAGUUGCAGUGUUAUAGGGGUAAAUAAAGUAGUUUAUGAUCUAAAUCAUACAAAUACAGACCAUAGAACGUUGAGCAAGCCAUAAAAUAUGGUUUUAAAGGACUAUAGGGGUAAAUAUCAGCCAUCUAUUCAUUUUGAUUCUCAAAUAAAUAAAUAAAUAAUAUACAGGUUUUUUCUUCCAGGUAUUACAUGGGGAUGCGGUGCUGGAUAAUCAACAGGUAUUGCAUCUUCUUUCCAUUUUGAAGAUAUCAUCCAGUAUGCCUUCAAUAAUGACAUUUUUCUUGCCCUUUAGAUCUAAUGACGAAAUGAAAUGAUUUUUUCCAGGGCUGCACCAUACUAAGCGGGGAUGUAAUAAUCCGACAUCUUACGCAGCAACUGAGGCCUGAAUAUGUUGUUUUCCUCGUAUCCGGCUUGACUAUUUAUGCUUCAUUUUUCCAUUUAUCUCGAUGAUGUCUUUUUGUUUAUGUUCAUUUAUUUUCGAAUAAUAGGAGAUUUUUAUUUUAUUUUAUGGUGCCAACAUGCUUUCUCUUCCCUCAUUUUAUGUUAUUUCUGGAAGAAAGAAGGAAAAAGAAAGAGAUGAGUUAUUAUUUUAUGCAUUUUUUCUUCCCAUGACCUCUCAAUGGGCUUUCUUUAUUUGAAUAUCUCAUCCAACUCUAUGAUUCAUGCCCACUGAUCUUUCCAUUUUAGUAGUCAUCGGGUAUAUGAUGCCCGGUGUAUUUUUUAUUUUCUUUCCUACACUCACCAGCGAAGACAGAUGUUCUUGGUGUAUAUGACCGGCCUCCUGCCAACCCCAAGGCAGUGCUUCUGAGAGAAAUUGGUGGGUGUGGAGAGUGAUUUCCUCUCCCUUGACUGGAAUUUAUUUAAUAAUUUUUCGACCCCAGAAAGUAAUUUAUUGAUCAGGUUUAAUCUUCCAAUUAUAGUAGUUUUUUUGUUCGUAUCAGAUUUUCUUGACUUGGGCUUCUGACCGAGGGAUUUUUUAUUGAUGGGCAACAGCUGUGGAAGACGAUGGGCGAUGGUCUGUUGUGAGCCCUCUGAUUCAGCAGGCAACAGGAGAAGGUACAGUGGAAUCCCUACCCUCCAUUGCUAAAGUCAACGUUCCUUAAGUAGAUUUUUUUUUAUCUGGGCUGCCCAAGAUCGACGUGGUCUUCGUCUAGUUUUGUUCAUGCCUGGAAACUUAGAGAGAGAAACCCGGGAUAGUAGAGUGUAGGGGACCGUCGGGCCUGUUUUUGGGCUUUUCUUUGGCCCGGGUUUGUUUAGGUCUUGUAAGUUUUGCUUUCUCUUUUAGUCUGGGUCAAAGUUAGAUUUAAAUCCGCGCCCUCCUAGCUGGUGUAGAUGAAAGUUUUCCAAUUUGCCAGGUGUCGAGAUCACAGUGGCUGCCCACGACACGACCGGCGGCAUGGGGACAAAGAUCUCGGAGGCCGCAGCAAUAGCCCGGCUCGGCAUCGAUGUGUUCAUCACCAAGGCAGGGCAGCUUCUCUCUCUCUCUCUCUCUCUCUCUCUCUCUUUCUCUCCCUCUCGGUUAGUAAUUCCUCUCAGUUCUGCUCUCCAUCCACAGCACCUCAGACUCUCUCUCUCUCUCUCUCUCUCUCUCUCCCUCUCGGUAAGUAAGUAAUUCCUCUCAGUUCUGCUCUCCAUCCGCAGCACCUCAGACUCUCUCUCUCUCUCUCUCUUUCUCUCCCUCUCGGUAAGUAAGUAAUUCCUCUCAGUUCUGCUCUCCAUCCGCAGCACCUCAGACUCUCUCUUUCUCUCCCUCUCGGUAAGUAAGUAAUUCCUCUCAGUUCUGCUCUCCAUCCGCAGCAUCUCAGACUCUCUCUCUCUCUCUCUCUCUCUCUCUCCACAGGCUGGUACGGAUCACUCCUUGAGAGCGCUCAGGGGGGAGCUCUUGGGAGCCAGCGUUGACGACUGGCUGGGGACCGCCAUCCGGCCGGCCCAACGGCCUCUGCGUUGA